AUGGAGCCCAGUAGCUCCUCCGUGCAUAGUCCCAAUGACAUGAGCUCGAGUGAAAGUGAUGCGCUGAGUACCAUCCCCACAAGCCGCGAUCGUCGCGGAUCUGAAGACAAUGCUAUUCACCCGGAGACUAUCAGCCGUCGCCAAUCCAAUCUCAACGAGGUCGAGCUGGAACGCAUCAACACCUACCGCCUGCAGCACCGCUCCACUGUAGGCUCGGGCCCAGGACCUCUGCCGCGCGAAAAAUGGCUGCCUCUCGGCGCCGGCAAGCCCUAUCCUCCCUCGUUGCCGGAUCCCGAGCAGUUCGUCGUGGAGUUCACCGACGCCAAUGAUCCGCUGCAUCCGCAGAAUUGGGCGUUGUCGCACAAGGUGCUGCUGUCGGUGGUGCUGGCCUACACGACGUUUGUCUCAUCGUUUGCCAGCGCUAUCUACUCGUCGGCUGUCAGCGAAAUCGGCCCGCAUUUUCAUAUCAGCACCGAAGUGGCCAUCCUUGGCGUCACUCUGUAUGUCUUGGGUUUUGCCUCGGGUCCGACUGUCUGGGCACCCGCCAGUGAGCUGAUCGGAAGACGAUGGCCCAUCUGCGUUGGCGUAUUCGGCUAUUCCAUCUUCACAAUUGCGACCGCUACCAGCAAGGACGUGCAGACUCUGAUGCUGACCCGUUUCUUUGCUGGGUUUUUUGCGGCCAGCCCGAUCGCUAUUGUUCCGGCGGUAUUCGCGGAUAUCUGGAACAACCAGACUCGCGGCGUGGCCAUCGCCAUGUUUGCCAUGGCGGUGUUUGUGGGCCCCUUUGCGUCGCCUUUUACUGGCGGGUUCAUCACGAUGUCAUACCUGGGCUGGCGAUGGACGAUGUACAUUGCGGCGAUCAUGGGAUUUCUGGCCGCAGGGCUGUGCUUUUUGUUUUUGAGAGAGACAUAUGCCCCAGCGAUUCUCGUGGAAAAGGCAGUCACGCUGCGACGGCAGACCCAUAACUGGGGAAUCCGCGCUCGACAGGAGGAAGUCGAGCUGGAUUGGGAGGAGCUGAUCACAAACAAUUUCAGCCGGCCAUUCCGCAUGCUGUUUACCGAGCCCAUUGUGUUUCUGAUUUCUCUCUGGAUGAGCUUUGUAUAUGGCUUGAUGUAUGCCCUUCUCAGCGCCUACCCAGUCGUGUUCCAAGGAAUCCACGGCAUGAACCUGGGUGUCGGGAGUCUCCCUUUUAUCGGUCUGAUCAUCGGAGAACUUUUGGCUGGCGCAUACAUUUUGCUGGACCAAAAGUCGUAUACCAGAAAACUAGCCGCCAACAACAAUAUCCCAAUCCCCGAGUGGCGUCUUCCACCGUCAAUUCUCGGAGGGGUAUGUUUCGCAGUCGGUCUGUUCUGGUACGGCUGGACCGGAUGGACGAACUCCAUCCAUUGGAUGGCACCGACCGCCAGCGGGGUGGUGACGGGAUUCGGGAUCUAUGUGAUUUUCUUGCAGUGCUUCAACUACCUGAUUGACUCGUACCUGACACUUGCGGCUUCGGUCUUUGCGGCAAACACUAUCAUCCGAUCCGCCGUCGGCGCAGCCUUCCCUCUGUUCUCUCGGCAGAUGUUUGUCAAUCUCGGCGUGCAGUGGGCUGGCACGCUUCUUGGAUGUCUUGCUGCUAUCAUGGUGCCAAUUCCGCUAGCGUUUAUUAAAUGGGGGCCCGCUUUGAGGAAGAAGUCCAAGUUUGCGCCCACCUUUGGGCCACUGGCGACGGCACCGACGGAGAAAGAGCCACGUGCAUCUGUUUAG